GCUUGCAUGUCUCCCUCCCAGUGCACUGAACCCCUUUAUAAACCACUUCUGGUUCGCCCAAAAUCCCAUUUCUUGCAGACAGGCAGCGAAGGCCACGCAUAACUCACAACAGAAUAACGCAGCAACACAACAGCGUGGUGUGAGAAAAGGAAAAUCUCUUCUCCUUUCAGCCAUCUCUCUCGACUUGUCUUCUCGGGGACACUAUGUGGAAAGCGGUGACCCUGGCUUUGUGUCUGCUGGUGGCAAGGGUCGAGGCCAUGGAGGGCCCAACAUACGGGGUGAAGCUCUGCGGCCGCGAGUUUAUCCGGGCGGUCAUCUUCACCUGCGGAGGCUCCCGCUGGAGACGGUCGCUCAGGAGCGCAGACGAGCUCUCACAAGACCCGUUUGACAAGGAGUCGUCGGAGCGCUGGGGUCAAGACGCCGCGCUGGAGAGCUUCUUUCAGCAAACCAGUGACCUUGAUCCCCGCGGCCUCGCCGGAGACGGCGUGUUCAGAAGGCCCGCCCGCUCCUUCAUCUCCGAGGAGAUCCUGGAAGCUCUGCGCAAGGCCGACCGCAAGGGCCGCGACGUGGUGGUGGGUCUGUCGAACGCCUGCUGCAAGUGGGGCUGCAGCAAGAGCGAGAUCAGCUCCCUGUGCUGA